AUGAUUUCAUUCACCAGAAAGAUCAGUAUAUCUGCUCUCAGAUAUAAAGACUUAUCAAAGAUCGUUAACGUAAAUGGGAAGAUUACAGAGUUGAAAGGAACACCUAAUCUAUACAACCCCAAGUCUUCAGCAUCAAAUUAUCGUGGUGUUCUACGGGCUAAAAUUGAUCCUGGCACCUAUUAUUAUCCCUCACAAUCAUCUAGUACAGGAUCUAUUAAUAGUGAGACCUUUCCAAGUGCUUUCCUCCCCAAAGACGAUCCAAGAAAACAAAUCUUGACGGAUCUUAGGGCCAAUGACAAGGUUCAGUCACAGCUGGCACCGGAGUUGCACAAUAAAGGUGAGAAAACGUAUCAUCUAGAGCCAAAAGACAUUACCGAAAUCAUUGCUCUGAGGAAACAAGAUCCAGAGAAGUAUACAAGGAAGGUCUUGGCAAAAAAGUACGGUGUAUCUCCCCUUUUCAUUUCUUUGGUAUCUUCUGCUUCUGAAGAGAGAAAAAAUGAGAUGUCAAGGAGGUUGAACGAAAUUCAACAGCGGUGGCAUGCAAAGAGGAAAGUCGCCAGGGAAGAUAGGAAAAAGAGAAAAGAGCUGUGGUACAGAGCGUGA